AUGUGUGCUAAGCUUCUUCCCAGGAGCCUCGGCACCUCUAAACAGAAGGAUGCUCAUCUGUCUCUUCAGCUCACGUCGUCUCCCAUCACCGCUGACACCGCCGUCACUCACUAUAGAAGCAGGAGAGGACAGUGUUGUUGUCGUCAGGCAGCUCGUCUCUGUCUCUACUGCAGCUCGUCCCGCUCUCUGCUGCAGCUCGUCUCUGUCUCUACUGCAGCUCGUCUCGGUCACUGCCACAGCUCGUCGCGGUCUCUACUGCAGCUCGUCCCGCUCUCUGCUGCAGCUCGUCUCUGUCUCUACUGCAGCUCGUCUCGGUCACUGCCACAGCUCGUCGCGGUCUCUGCUGCAGCUCGUCCCGGUCUCUGCCACAGCUCAUCGCGGUCUCUGCUGCAGCUCGUCGCGGUCUCUGCUGCAGCUCGUUGCGGCCUCACACACAGAAACUCUAUGCCUGGGAGCGCUCUAAGUUCUCUGGGAUAUCUUGCCGAACCUUCGCGCCAGCCUCGGUCUGACCCAACACCUCAUCAUCACUUUGGCUCAAACAACCUCCGCCUCGUGCCAGCAGUGCAGGCCCAGGCCCACAGUCCGCCUCCAGAGUCCACCUCCAGAGUCCGUCUCCAGGCUCAGGACAUACUUAUGAUGUGUAAGUUUCUCCUCGUCCUGUCAGACACUAAAGGUUAUCUGGACGCAGUGGAGGCGAGCCCCAGAGGCGAGUGGCGGCAGCAGCAGAGGUAG